UCCGCCUCCGCGGUUCAUCUUUACCCAGUGGAUAUUAAAUAUGAAAAGCCGGAAGUUCUAGAAGCAGCAGCUCAUGUGUAUUAUACAAAGCUAUUAGAGGAAUCGUCGUCAGAGGCCGAGUUCCUCUGUAUUCCAGGAAAAGAGAAUAUUAAACUUGAAGCUUCCUUGAUGUCUUUCGUCCCUCUGUACAGAGAAGACAGUGAGCGUAAGCUUCUGGUUUUAACUGAUCCACAGGAAAAGAAUAAAGUUUUAUCGGUUUAUUUGGACAGUUCCUGGUGGCUUAUUGAAGAUGUAGUGAAGACUGCCGAUCCUUCCCGGGAGAGUCUGAUGCAGGUCCAGACAUAUGCAGAAAGAAUUGUCCUCUUUGUCCUUAACUGCAUCAUUUUUGGAAUCCUGGAGAGGAAUUCUACUUGUGAUGCGCUAUUUGUACCUCAUUCGAAGGAGGAGCAUGCCAAAAUAUUCUGGAAAAAGGGAGAGGCGGCGGCCUUUUACACCGUCAAACCUAAAGGAAGCCUGUGUGAUGGGCACACCGGCCAGUCCUACUUGCUCCCUGUUUUGGACACCAUGUUUGUUCAAAAGAAGUUUAGAAGACGUGGUCUUGGUAUGAAAAUGCUCUAUGAUUUUUGCCAGAUGUUUGCAACAGAGGAUGCGUUGGGACUCAGCUUCCCUGUUUCUCCCAACAUGUACCGAGUUUGUCAAAAGUUCUUGGAGACCUAUCCAGAAGAACAGUCUCGACUCUGGGAAGUGGAAGCACCAGGGGACUGGAAUCAGCGUGUUAAUAUCUGGCUAAAGAUCCAGCUGGACCAAAGCCGUCCAAAAAAGGUGGGCUUGAGCAGUCAUAUAGAGAAAUUUCAAGAUGAUGAACCCGGGCAAUCAGAUGAAGGGAAGAUGAAUCAGAGAUCUGGUCAUCUUCGUAACAAGAAGACUUCAGAAGAUGAGGCAAAAGAAUUCAGCCAUGGGCCAGAAGAGACGGUCAACCCAGACCCUCAUUGGGAAGAACGUGACAUCCAGGGUACUGCCAAUGUGCAGCAAGAUCCGAGAGUGAAAAAAAGACAGAGUUCUGGAGAAGCCCCUGAAGCUCCGAAGCACUUCAAAGCAAUGCCCUGAGAUUUAGGCAUGGCAAAGUCAAAAUAAGGACAAGGUGUGAUGUGGCAUAAUAAGCUUUGAGCAUCAAAAUCUUCCCUUAGUCAUGGACUUGGGUGCCCCACAAUUCUCUAAGCUUUGUGACUGCAAGGUGGGCAUCAUCUCCAUGUCCUACAUUGCUUGGCCGUCAUACGGAUUAAUUUACAUGAAGCACUUUGCAUGUUCCGUGCAUUGCGGAGAUGUCGAAAUAGGACUGUCCAGCACUUUUCAAAUAACUGAAGUAAAUUGUUGUUAUCA